AUGUCUAUAGUGGAAGCGACAACAGUAGCUUGUAUCAGACAAGUAUUCACAAGUUGGUUGACUACCGUGUUUGCCUAUGGCCAAACCGCUUCCGGUAAAACUUAUACAAUGAUGGGUACUGAAUCGGAACCCGGCAUUAUUCCUCAAAGCGUAGAAAACGUUUUCCGAUGUAUCGAACAGGCAUCAACCAAAGAGUUUGUACUCCGUGUCUCGUACCUUGAGAUCUACAAUGAAACAAUUCGGGAUUUGCUGGCUCCUGCCAACGAUAACCUAAAGAUCCACGAGGAUAAACGGAGGGGUAUUUAUGUGAGUCCACUUACGGAAGAGGUGGUUACCUCUCCAUUAGACGUCAUAAGCAUUAUCGAAAGGGGUGAAGCCAAUCGUCAUAUUAGCACUACCGACUAUAAUCUCCAUAGCAGUCGAAGCCAUACUAUUUUCCAAAUGGUUAUAGAAAGCCGAGAGCGUACAAGCACUAGCAGCACACUGCUAGCGCCGUUAUCGCAGCGACGUCAUAUACCCUCUUCUCACAAACAUGCGAUGAAAAUAUCACAAUUGAAUCUGAUUGAUUUAGCAGGAUCAGAGAAAGCAGCUUCCAACCAAGAACGAAGGAAAGAAGGAUCCUAUAUCAACAAGAGUUUGUUGACCCUCGGCACUGUCAUUGCGAAGCUUACUGAAACCAGAAACAUACCCGGACACGUUCCUUUCCGUGAUUCCAAGCUGACUAGAAUAUUGCAACCGGCAUUAUCCGGCCAUGCUAAAGUAGUGGUUAUAUGUACUAUCAGCCCAACAACUACGUCGUUAGAGGAGUCGGCGAAUACCUUGAAGUUUGCAUCACGCGUCAAGAGAAUCGUCAUUACUGCCACCAAUGAUGAAGUACUAAACGAACGAGCAUUACUGCAAAGAUACCGUGGUGAAAUUUCCGAGCUGAAGAGUAAAUUACAAGCGGCCGGUGAUGUGCUUGUGCAAGAAAAGGAAAAUACUCAGUCUAUGCUAACUGCCGAACGGCAGCAGCAUGAGCAACAGUUGAGACAAAUGCGUCUUGUCAGAUCAGCACUAAAGGAACGUAUCGAUCAUUUGACCCGUCUCAUUCUGACCUCUUCUUCUGUCACAUCCCCUCCCUUGGAGAACAUGGAAUCACCACAAAGUGAAAAUUUUAGUCUAGAUGUCAAACAAGAUAAUGGCGGAGAUCCAUGGCGAAUCGUCAGUGAACUACGUAGAGAGCUUGCACAGGUUAAAGCAAGUAAAGCAAGUACAGAAAAGCUAUUGAGCGAUAGCCAGCAUAGGGUUCGUGAAUUGAAGAAGGCAGCAGAUGAAAACAAGAACUUGGUGGAACAAGUGGCACAUUUGGAAGCAGAGCUGAGUAUCACUCGAGCCGAAUUGCAGGUGACAACAGUGCUGGUGCAGGAAGGUGGCGGUGGUAACAAUGGUGGACUUCAAACGCCAAUCGACACACCCACACACCUCUUUAAAGACCUUACCCUUAGCUGAAUAAUCGACAUGUUUAGACUGACAUAUAGAUAUAUAUCCAUCCUCCACUUUGUUGUUUUCGCCAUCUUUUGUUACCCACUAUAUAUAGUAUGUACAUUUCUUUCAUUAAGCAUACAGUACAUAUCAAUACAUACCCGGUCACUGUUUUCUUCUUUGCUCAAUGUGGAGUUUUCACGCAUUUUCAAGUAGUAAUAGUUAUCUAUCAGACUACUGGUACAUA